CCAUGAAUUUGUUUACUGUUUUUAUCUUUGUUUAAUGUUUUGAGUUAAUAUCUUAUAGGCCUAUUUAACUUCAUUUGACAAGUUUUCAACAUGGAUGGCUUCAUCAAGCGCAAUGUUUUGAUAAGGCAUAGUGAUAUUAUUAUUAAGGAUUUGCAUGGUGAUGUCAUAGAAACUCUAAAAGACCAAGGUGUAAUAUCUCCUGAAGAGUUUGAGCAAAUAAAUUCCCUGAGAAAACAGGAAGAAAGAAAUAAGAAAUUUCUAAAUAUUUUAUGCACUAAACCAGAAGGGUUUAAUCCAUUUUUGGAUUCUUUGAAAGACUGGUAUUCGUGGAUUGAAGAGAGGUUGAGAAAUACAUUGACAGCAAGACCUGCAAAUUUGAAUGAAGCCUUAGCUUUCGGCAAAGUUCCAGCCAAACCUCUCAUCAAUGUGUCCAGAGUUGAUCUGCUUCGUGAUGUGAGAAAUGCUUUGACAAACCUCAACAAAGGCGACUACGUAGUGUUACAUGGAAUGAGCGGCUGUGGAAAGUCUUCUUUGGCUGCAGAGGCGCUACAUGAUGAAAUACUUCUUAAACAUUUUCAGGGUAGAGUAGUAUGGCUGAGUUGCGGACACGACGUAAAAGACGACGAAAAUGAAGUUCUAGCGCUUCAAAUUGAGCUGAAUGCAGCCAUAUGUGACGAAGAGCUUGUAAAUGACGUAAAGACAGCUACAAUCAAAUCUCUCCGGAUGAAUUUGCAGAGGAGGUUUCUACGAUCUGACUUCAUCGAUGGGCUUGUGGUACUGGACGACGUUAACUCGUACCAUGUGAUCGAAGCAUUGCACAUCGGCUGUAAAACCCUGGUGACAUCCAUUGACAAGGAUGUUAUGAAGUCUUAUUUCAGCCGCUGCAAAUUCAUACACGUGAGCGAGAGUUUCAAAGAGGAAGAGACGAUGGAGUACUUGGCCAAGUGUGUGAAUGUGCCUGUGAAGCAGCUGCCUGCUCAAGCAUCGAAGAUCCAUAGAUAUGGCAAAGGUCAUCCGUUGAUCAUGUCCCUGAUCGGUGCUCAUCUAAAAGAUCACUGUGACGAAUCCCAAAGUCAAGAACGCAAUUGGCAAGACUGGCUCGAUGUUCUACGCAAGAAGGAGUUUGAAGAGUUGAAACGGCGAAGUUUUAACAGCGAACCACUUCUACCGCAAACAAUUGAAAUUUGCAUCGAGAAUCUGGUGCCACAGUUGAGAGAUUUGUAUCAAGACUUUGCUCUGUUUGUGGAAGAUGUCAACAUUAAAAUAGAGGUACUGGAAACUCUAUGGAAUUUGCCUAAGAAAGAAGUAAGAAAGAUCAUGAAUGAGUUUUAUACAAAAUCACUGGUGGUUAGGAAAUACAACGAGGCACAGGGCUCUUACGUUUACGGGAUUCACGACCUCUUGCGCUUCUUCCUCAGACGACGGUUGGACGAAGAUUCUCUUAAGAAUCUACACGUCAAGCUAAUUGACAGAUACAAAGAAGUUUGUAAAGGCGAUUUGUCCAAACUGCCUUUGAACGACAACUACAUCUACUUCUACAUCGGCUACCAUAUUGCCAAUUCUAAACAAUACACCAUGUUCCAAGAUUUGUACUUCAAUUUGGACUUCAUCGAAGCCAAGUUGAAAGUAGCAGGGCCUGGGGAUUUACUUUUGGACUACAAACGUUACAAUUGUCAUUUUGUCGAUGGCCUCCCCGAAUCGUCUGCGUCACUCGUCUCUAAAAGAUUGUCGGACUUUGUGAGAUUUGUAGAGACCGCGGGACUGGACGUCAAACGUAACAACAAGGGCCCGGACAUUGUACAACUAGGACUGCAAGAACCUCAUGAAAGCGAUGUUUACAAAGCUGCUCUUCGAUUGGUCCAGUCACGACCGAACAAAACUUAUCUGCGUUUCCAGUUGGGUCCGUCUAAGAGCAAGGCAGCGCCUCACACAAUACAAACUAAAGACCGAGUCUCAUCAGCUUGUUUCUCUCUCAACAAGAAUCUCAUCGUGGCCUUUGAGUCGGGAACAAUUCAGAUUUUGAACGAGAGAGGUCACAAGUUGCGAGAGUAUGAAGGCCACCCCAGUGCAGUGACUAGACUGGAUGUUUCAGCUCAGACAAACAUAUUUCUGUCAAUGUCCAGUCAUCAUGUGAGCCUCUGGCGGUUACCUGAGUUGGAUUUCAGUGUCUCGGUUAGCGGAGAGUCAGCUAACAAAGGCACAGGUGACCGAUCACCUUCUCCGAGUCAGAGACAAGACAACUUUGCCGAGCUGUUUGCGUGCAACACUCCGGACAAACGCAAGGCUUGGUUCACCAUUGCGUACAAGAGCCAAGUACAGUGGGCCUGCUUCGCACCUAACGGCACCAACUUUGCCGUAUGCUGCUCACAGAACAAAGUGGAGAUUUACAAGCCUGAAAAACUAAACAGCCAGGCACAACACAUUUGGGUCGUUUCGCAGACUAUCCAAUGUUCUAGUGUACCCAGUACCUGUGUAUUUUCCUCCGAUGGAAGUUUCAUCACUAUAGGAAGCGCUAUCGGAUGUUGGUUUAUGCUUCACCUACUUAGUGAGAGGACUACAAAACGAAGCGUCUUCUUGUCUUACCCUAUACUGAUGUUGUUCGCUCUUCCAGGGAUUAAAUUUGGGGUUCUGACCAAAGUCAAUCUAAGUGUAUGGGACUAUGCGGAUGUAGAGCAAACCGAUGCUGAUAACAAAGUACCUGUCCCUUGCUUAAAGGACUAUGCCAAGGGGGAGAGCGAGUUGUACACGAGAUGUGCCGCAGCCUCAGACGGGUCUGUGGUCGCCGUAGCAACCAGUAAAAGUAAGAUCCUCAUCUGUGACCUAAACAACGGAGAUGUCAUACGGGAGAUUCACGAAUCUACUGGGAACAUAAAAUACUUGGCAAUGGACGAGACCGAAGACCGCAGAUUGUUGGCUUGUUACGACGACUCUACAGUGAGAUUGUGGAAACUUGGACAGAUUCACGUUGACAGACGAGCGACCAUGAGAAGUAACUUUGUGGUUGCUUGGACACAGAACGGCCAGUCUGCUGGUUGUGUGCUGGUCGCUCCCACGCUCAAGUCUUGUGUUAAGAAAAUCACGAACCUGAAGGAGAGCGAGUAUUUGCCGGUGCCGGUGAGUGGCGACAUAAACAUCUGUGGAAUAUCAGACUGCGGACAGUACGUGGCCAUCGGGGCUCCCUCGGGUCAGGUGUUCUUGGACAGGGAAGGCUACAUGGAACAACUGCUGACGGUGGAUGGCACAGACAGCAUCGUCAAGCUUGGCGUGAAGAACAUCGGAGGGAGGGUCUACGUCAUUGUCGGACUCAGGAGAACGAUCCUAGUUUGGUCAGGAGAAGACUCUGAACAAAACAAAAAGACAAAAACGACACACUGUUGUAAAGAAAAGUCAGUUUACAAAAAAGUGAAGAAGAAUUUGCAGUUUGAUCUCUCUGACCGAUUGGUUGAAUUCUUCAUUUUACCUUCCAAGGAACUAAUCACAGUCUCUAGGAAAGGGAUGAUCAAGACCUGGUGUCUAAGGAUGGGCAGGAGUUCAAUUAUUUGCCACGGAAAGUUGGACAAUACAGUAGAACUGUGUGAAGCAGACUUAAGUUCCGACAUGUUGGUAACCUUGAAUUGUUGCCCUCUAAAUGCGAGUGUCAACUUCUACAUCAUAGCUGACAAUAAACCAGAGCCACGCCGCUUUUUGCUAGAGAAAGGUGUACCAUCUAGCUGUAGCUUCUCUAGCGACGGGACAAAACUGGCGGUUGGACUGUCAAACGGGGUAAUACGGUUGUGGGACAUGUUGACACUAGAGGAUACAUCAGUGAACACAGGAGACGAGGCGAUCAAAAGUAUUUGUGUUUCUCGGACUGGUGUCAUUGGUGCAGCCACGACGUCCAGGGUGUUGCUGGUGACCUCAACAGGGGCCGUAGGUCAAGCGAGGCUGAGAGUGACCAAGGUGGUCAUGUGUCCAGACAACGAUACAAUCAUCACAGUCGACGUCGACGGACAUUUGCACCUCAUUGAUCAGUUCAACUCUUCCAACUUCAAUCCAAUGCAACGUUUGAGCAGACAGUUCUCUACUUGACCCUGAUUUGGAUGUAGAUUUGUACUUAGAGAAGAACCAAGGCUGAUGUGCAACUAACCAUAAUUUGGGUGCAUUUAUAUUUAUUGAUACCAUCACAUUUCUUUUACCUUAAUAGUGCCUUUAUAAAGGCAUGAUUAAAAUAAAGAGUAUAGUAUAACUCCAAUUAUCCGAACACCAAUCAUCCGAAUCCCUUAUUAUCCAAAUUACUUAUACAAAUAAUUUAAAACCAUAGUAAUAAGAAUUGUUAUUAAAGAAGGCAGGAGCCGUGAUUGCGGCAAAAUCCAAAACCUGUCUCGCGAUCGUUAUAACACCAUCAUCGUCUCCUGCAGUCACGUAAACAUCGUCAUCGUUAUUUGCAAAUCCCGGCAAAAUGAUAUACUGAACAUAUCCCACAGUUGUGUAGAAACUGUCUUCGUCUCCCCUGGUCACAGUAACAUCGUCAGAGUUUUUUUUUCGGUCGCAGAAAAAUUAUAAAUAUGUCCCACGGUCAUUUGGACACCAUCAUUGUCCCCAUGGUACCAAUAACAUCGUCAUAGUUUUUGCGAUCGUGUCAAAAUGUUAAAUAUAUCCCAUGGUUAUAUAGACACCAUCAUUGUUCCCGUGGUCACAAAAAUAUUGUCAUCGUUUUUGUGCUCGUGACCAAUUAACAUAUUUCACAGUCGUGUAGGAAUUAUCUUUGUCUCCUGCGAUAACAAUGACAUCAUCAUCAGUUUUCGCUAUCGCAACAAAAUGUUCAAUAUAUCCAAGGGUCAUGUAGACACCAUCAUCGAUUCCCGCGGUCACGAAAAAGCGUAAUCGUACUGCGCAAUUGUGACGAAAGCAUUAUUUUUCCGAUCACGGCAGUAAAAGCACGGCAUGAUUCGGCGCAUUUUCUAAAAAAACUCUGAAUUUUGGUAAAAAUCCAACCAUCUAAAUGGGGUCCGGUCCCAAUUGAUUUGGAUAAUUGGAGUUCUAGUGUAGUAUAAGAUAGUAGACCAGUAGACCUAUUAUUCAAUAUACAAUUUGUUUAUGCUUUUAUUCAACUAUGUCUUGACUACUAUUGCCUAUUACUUUGGCUGUUGAUGUGUAACACCAUUCAUUGAGGAAAUUAAUUUCGAAAACUAGGACAGACUAUAUGACAUUUGUUUGAGGUAGGCCUAUUUUCAAAAGUAUUACUUUACUACUUUAAAAUUUACCAACAUUUAAUUUUUAAGUUUUAUUGAAAAAUCAACCUUUUAUUUAUUAGUGAGCUUCGUUACCCACAAUGUAUUAAGUAUUUUGAGUAAACUAGUAAGUGUAUUUUAUUAUAAUAUUUUCCUUAUUGUAAACAGUGUACAUUAUUUUGAUUCUGUGUAAACUAUCUGGGUCUCCAAGAAUGGAAUAUUUUGUACAAUAACGUUGACGAUUGCCGUAACAUUAAACAAAAUAAUCAUGUAUUAAAAUUUUAAUUAGUAAAAUGUACUAAUGAACAAUUUAUGUGCUAUAGGGCUCUUUACAUGUUAAGAUAUUUAUAUUUUUUGUAGAAGUUUUACAUUACAGUAGUUAGCUCAAAAAGUCAUUGAUGACAAGUUGCGUGUGCAAUUAAUAUUGUGAUAGAAAUAUGUUCACGUAUCAAUUAAUUAUGCAUUUACUAGGGUAAGUAAAAUAUUGUUAUUAUGUUAUUACAAGACUAUUUAGUA